CAAAUUGAGCCAAUAGAAAUAUGCGUUCAAAGACACGUUGAUCAGUUUGCUGUUGUAGAAAAGCCAGUUAGUUUCCUGUGUUUGGAUCUAGGGAGCUGGAUGAAUACUUUCGCAUCCUCAAAGUGACUUAAAUCAUGGUACUUGUUGACUCCGAGUCGGCGGUCAUUCUUCGGCUCAGAGGGCCGCUGGAGCUGAAGUGUCAGCUGGACAGCACGGAUGCGGUGCUCAUGCAAAAAGCCAUCUCCAGGACAUUUGAGGCGCUUCGUUUGCAGGUUAAAUCAGAAGCCUGUGUCCUGGCAGUCUGCGACAGUCCUGUUCUCAUUUGGCCAAACAAAUGGGUUUUUGAAGAAAUAACUCCAGACACACCAUGCGAAGACAUAUUUCAGUGGAUACAAACAGAUGACCAAGAGACCGGUGGGAAGAGAAAAACAAAAAAGAAAAACAGAAAAGGUUUGUUAGUGAGUGUCAUAAACCUCUCUCUGAUGAUGGAGGUGACAAAGCCAGGCCCCCUCACUGCUCCAAUCCUCACUAGAACAGUCCAGAAAUCCCACUUUCUGCGUGCAACUCUUCCAAUGGACUGCGCUGUACGCAGCAGCUGCGGCGACACCAUCAACAAUGGCUGUGGACGGCUGCUGGAGGCACUGGAUCGCCAGUUGUUUGAGAUGGAGAAGGUGACUCUACAACAUAUGAGGGGGGCAACACUGCUUGUCCCAGAACCCCUUAACUUCCUCCUUCCAGAGCCAAAUGGACUGGUGACGGUGGCUUUUCCUAGAGGAGUACCGGAUAAAGAACUGGAAGCACGGCGUAGGGAGUUGCACGAACAGUUCGAGCUUCCAGGCGACAGGCCUUACUUCAGAAGAGCAAAUGCUUACCACUUUCCAAAUGAGCCCUACAAAGACGGUUAUCUCCGAAACCCUCAUGCAGUUCUCACACACCCCACCCUUGAUAAUGGAAAGGUGUACUUUGUCCAGGGAAUCUACAGCUACCACCACUAUAUGCAGGACCGCUUGGAUGACAAUGGCUGGGGCUGUGCCUAUCGUUCUCUGCAGACCAUCUGCUCCUGGUUCCAGCAGCAGGGUUACGUAGAGCGCUGUGUGCCCAGUCACAAAGAGAUUCAGCAGGCUUUGGUGAAUGUUGGAGAUAAGCAGUCAUCUUUUGUGGGGUCCCGUCAGUGGAUUGGAUCCAUUGAGGUUCAAGCGGUUCUGGACCAUCUGCUUGGAGUCACGUCCAAAAUCAUGUUUGUGAGUCAGGGUUCUGAGUUGGCAUCCAAGGGCAGAGAACUGGCCCAUCAUUUUCUGUCUGAAGGAACUCCUGUCAUGAUUGGUGGGGGGGUUUUGGCUCACACUAUCUUGGGCGUAGCUUGGAGUGAGACCACCGGGGAAAUCCGCUAUCUCAUCCUAGAUCCGCAUUACACUGGAGCAGAGGACCUUCAGGUUAUCACAGAGAAGGGCUGGUGUGGCUGGAAAGGGCCAGACUUUUGGGAUCAAACCGCAUAUUACAACCUCUGUCUACCCCAGAGGCCGAGGGUGAUCUGAGCUCGAGCAGACUUGUAGUUGGACCUCACUUCUUUAAAUCAUUUUGGCCAAUCUAGUAAUCACAUAACCUGAAAUAAAUGUUGAUAUUUUGUCCGUUUCAAAGAAUUGUCUCAAUCGUUUAGGAAAAUAAAAGUUGGAUCAGUUUUAUUCAAGUAGUCAGUAAAAAUAUAAUUUUAUCUUA